AUGGAUUAUUCAGAAAUUGAUCCCUCUUACGAUCAAAAACCUCCUUAUUUGACAAGAGAUCAAGAGCAUGUGAUCAUGGUCUCUGCUCUGCGACAAGUGAUAUCCAACGUAGGAAGUGACACUACUUCAUCAUCGAACUUCGAAGCUCUUCAGCCUUUGGAUGCUGGCCCUUGUUCUCUUUGCGGUAUCACCGGUUGCUACGGUUGCGCAUUCCCACAACACCGAGAGAUAAGUAAGGAGAAGAAGCACAAAGGAGUGAGGAAAAGGCCAUCAGGUAAAUGGUCAGCGGAGAUAUGGGAUCCGAGUGCAAGAGAAAGGAGAUGGCUUGGAACGUUUCCAACAGCCGAAAUGGCGGCCCGGGCUUACGAUGACGCGGCGGCUGGGCUUGUCAGAAGAAAGGUAUCAAGAGGUGGCACAAGAAAUGGAAAGGAAGCAUACACCAAAACGACGGUGGAAGAUGACUAA